AAAAAAAAGAAAUUGGGACCAAGCCCUCUCAUAUAUAAUAACUAUGCUUGUGUAUAUGUGCUAUCAUAUUAAUUUGUGAUGGCCAAAGACAGGUACAGAUCUUUCUUGCAUGAUGAACCUGAUAACAUAGAGUGGAGACAUGGUGGUCCUCCCACUUAUGAUGUUGUUAACAAGCUUUUUGAAGAAGGAAGAACCAAGGAAUGGCCAGAAGGAUCAUUGGAAGAGACAGUGCAAAAUGCUAUCAAAUCAUAUGAGAUGGAGCUCUCACACAAGACCCGUUUGCUGGAUUUCAAGACAAUAAACCCUCAGAAGUUCAAGCUAUUUGUCAAUGGGAGGGAGGGAUUAUCUGGAGAGGAAACUCUGAAGCUGGGAAGUUAUAAUGCUUUGUUGCAAAGUUCUCUGCCAGAAGAUCUGCAGCCUUACAAAGCUGAUAAAGAGAGUUUUGAAUCAUCUCAUGAAAUCUUCAGAUCAGCUUUUCCUAGAGGUUUUGCUUGGGAGGUGAUAAAAGUUUACAGUGGACCUCCUGAAAUUUCCUUCAAGUUUAGGCACUGGGGGUUCUUUGAAGGCCCUUAUAAGGGACAUGCCCCUACUGGGAAGAUGGUCCAAUUCUAUGGCAUCGGAACUCUUAAGGUGGAUGACUCUUUGAAAGUUGAAGAGGUGGAAUUUUUCUAUGACCCAGCUGAGUUAUUCGGAGGCCUUCUAUCAGGGAAGAACCCAAAUAACCCCAUAGAGGAUGAUGGCAACAAAGCUUCACCAACUUCACAAUGUCCUUUCUCCAACUAGUUGCAAUCAUGCUUUUAAGUGAAUAAUGUUCUUUGAUCCAGCUAUGUUUCUUAUAUCAGUUAAUGUAGCUGAGAUUUGAAGAAAACUAUUAGUACUUUCUGUGAUAAUGGUCCAAUGAAUAAAAUUGAAAAAAGUGAACUAAAUUUUCCACCUUUUAUGGAUAUUUAUGGCAAAUACAUGUGCUAUGUUGGGAA